AAAUAAUUUGUCACUGCUUUCUUUUUUGUGCUAAUGUAAUAAUUUAAUUGCGUUAUUUAAUAUUUUUGUUUUAAGGUCAAUUUUGAGCAGCCUUUGGGAAUAAAACAUACUGUAAAUGAACAGUGUGAUCAAUUAUAACUUCGCUUUAUCCUCUGGUGGUCAUUUAGCCUGUUAGCCCCACUAGCCUGGACUGCUGCUAACUAUGGCUGCAGUUAUCCUGAGCUUUCCAAACCUGCAGGGUCUGAGGAGAUUCACACAAAAGUUGUCAUGGACCAAAAGAGGCGUGAGGCUUGCUUCAGGAGGGGUACAGAGGAUCGAAAAGGUGCUGAUCGCCAAUCGCGGAGAAAUCGCAUGUCGUGUGAUGCGGACUGCGAAGAAGAUGGGCGUGCGCUCCGUGGCGGUGUACAGUGACGCAGACAGAGACUCCAUGCAUGUGGCCAUGGCAGAUGAGGCCUACCACAUCGGCCCGCCCGCCUCCCAGCAGAGUUACCUUUGUAUGGAGAAAGUUUUGGAUGUGGCAAAAAAGUCAGGGUCACAUGCAGUCCAUCCUGGAUAUGGAUUUCUUUCAGAAAACACAGAGUUUGCAGAAGCGUGUAAACAGGAUGGAAUAAUCUUCAUCGGCCCUCCUUCCUCUGCCAUCAGAGACAUGGGCAUUAAGAGCACAUCCAAACAUAUCAUGUCAGCUGCUGGGGUGCCAAUUAUUGGUGGUUACCACGGAGAGGACCAAUCAAAUGAGACGCUGCAGGCGGAGGCCGCCCGCAUCGGAUUCCCUGUGAUGAUCAAGGCAGUUCGUGGUGGAGGAGGGAAAGGAAUGCGAAUUUCCCGGUCAGACUCAGACUUCUUGGAGCAGUUGGAGUCAGCGAGACGAGAGGGCAGGAAGUCCUUCAAUGAUGACGUCAUGCUGGUGGAGAAGUUUGUAGAGGACCCCAGACACGUUGAGGUUCAGGUUUUUGGGGACAUGCAUGGCAACGCUGUCUAUCUGUUUGAGAGGGACUGCAGCGUCCAGAGGAGACAUCAGAAGAUCAUAGAGGAAGCACCAGGGCCUGGAAUAAGUCCUGAUGUCCGGAGGAAACUUGGAGAGGCAGCUGUCAAAGCAGCAAAAGCAGUAAAUUACGUCGGGGCAGGCACAGUGGAGUUCAUAAUGGACGCCCAGCACAACUUCUACUUCAUGGAGAUGAACACAAGGCUGCAGGUGGAGCAUCCCGUCUCCGAGAUGAUCACUGGAACCGACCUGGUGGAGUGGCAGCUCAGGGUGGCAGCAGGGGAGCGCCUGCCCCUCCUCCAGAAUGACAUCAUCCUAACAGGACACUCCUUUGAGGCCCGCAUCUACGCCGAGGACCCAAACAACGACUUCCUCCCGGGAGCAGGGCCUCUGCUGCAUCUGUCCACACCUGCAGCGGACCAACACACUCGCAUAGAGACCGGAGUCCGAGAAGGAGACGAGGUGUCGGCUCAUUACGAUCCAAUGAUCGCCAAACUUGUGGUGUGGGGAGAAGACCGAUCUGCUGCCUUAAAGAAACUGCGGUAUUGUUUACGACAGUAUAAUAUUGUUGGACUGAACACGAACAUAGACUUUUUGCUGAGCCUCUCGAACCACCCGGAGUUCGAGGCGGGGAACGUGACCACCAGUUUCAUCCCGCAGCACUACGCCGACCUCUUCCCCGCCCCGAGAGCGCCCUCUGCUGCCACGAUCUGCCAGGCCGCCCUGGGCCUGGUGCUGCAGGAGAAGAGCGGCACGCAGGAGUUCACGCAGAACUCCACGGAUCCUUUCUCGCCGUUUGGCUCCAGCAGUGGCUGGAGAAGCAACAUCUGCUUCAAUAGAAACUUGACGCUACAGCUGGGCGACAAGAAAGUGGACGUGGUCGUCACGUACAACAAAGAUGGAAGCUACAGUAUGCAGGUCGGUGAGGAGGUGCACCACGUGAGAGGGGAGGUGGAGGUGGAAGGUGGAGCUUCGUUCUUGCACUGCUCCGUUAAUGGAGUGAUGUCUCGUCCCAAACUGGUGAUCCUGGACAGCACGGUGCACUUGUUCUCAACGGAGGGGAACUCCCAGGUGUCGGUCCCGGUGCCGAAGCACCUGGCCGGCGUGAGGGGGUCGGGGGCUCAGGGUGGAGCCGUGGCCCCGAUGACCGGCACCAUCGAGAAGGUUCUGGUCAAAGCCGGAGACAAAGUGGCUGUUGGAGAUCCGUUGAUGGUCAUGAUCGCCAUGAAGAUGGAGCACACGAUCCGGGCGCCAAAGUCCGGUGUGAUUAAGAAGGUUUUCUUCAGCGAGGGCUCGCAGGCCAAUCGCCACGCUGCUCUGAUUGAGAUGGAGGAAGAGGAGGAGGAGGGCGGCGAGGGGAGCAGCCAGUAAAACACAUGAUCAAACCCACUAAAACCCUCGCAGGUAGGAGGGAGUCGAGCUAAGCUUUUCCUAAAUAUUUCCUCCAACUGGGACCCAAAUCGUCUCUGGAAGGGAGUUUGUGUCAGUCUGGAACAGAUGAGUCAGUGGGAUUUAAAGCCUGAACCGAACUUAGUGAAGUCUUCUCCUCUAACCUUUACUCUGAUUUAUCUUUUUACACGAGUUCUACACCUGUUCUAUCCAGUACCAAAACCCAUUUCCGGUUUAUUUCUUGUGCAUGAAUGUUUGUGCGGUUUGCAGUGAGUCACGCUCCCGUGUUUGUCGGUGGUGACAGGUGCUUUUCAUUCUGCCAACACGUCUCCUCGCUUCACUCGCUCUCGUUGUUUCAUUGUGCCUUAUCUCCUUCCAGGGAGAAAGAGGGAGAGAUGCAGGGGAGGGAAACUGAUGCUGCAAAUCAAACACUAUAAAGCAACAUAAGAGUUUGUAUAUUUUCAAAACACUUGGAUAUUUUCAUGCAGAACAUGUCAGUGUUUCCUCGCUGCAACCUCCUCCACAAAACUCAUCGCCUCUUUUGUGUACGUAAGUGGAUGGAAAAUCUCACUGUCUGGGAGAAGAGAGGAGACGUGAAUUAGUGUUUCAUGUUCAGUAAAGUGUAACCGUGUUGAUUAUGUGAAUGGCAACAAGGCCUUUAAGUGCACUGAUUGUACUGUAUGUAUUUAUAUGAGCAUCAUUACAAACCUAAAUGCUUUGAAGUUCUUUCUUCAAUGCCUUUGUGGACAAGGAAUCCUACUGGUAAUCAGAAAACUAAAUAUUCAUGAUUUAAUAGAGUUCAUUUUGUCCAUGGCAUUACAAUUUAAUUUGCUGAUUCUUUUUGUCGGACAAGACUAUAUAGGUUUUUUUUAAAUACCUGACAUCAGCAGAUAAAUGGCAGGUCACACACACCAUCUAGUGACUUUGAUGAUGGCGAAAGGAAUGGCCGACAAAAAGAAUCAGCUAAAAUAUUCAUCCUUAACAAUUAAAUGAUAAUUUUUUUUGAAGGAACCUGUUUAGACUGAAACGAUGUCAUUAAAAACUAUGUAUGUCAAAAGUAUUUGGUGAGAACUUUCUCCUUCUGCCUGUAUUAACUCUAAAACCACUGCUUAGUCACUGAGCUUUAAGUUGUUCAAGUAUUUUUCCUAAAUCACAGAAUCAUUUAAACUCAGAUUCUUUUUAAUUCCAUCUUUCCAGACUGACUUGAAACUCUGCUGCACCUGGAAUACCGAUCAUAUGAGCAGGGAGGAAUCUCUCGCGACACAAGGGACAGCCUCAUUAAAACGCUCCAGAUAAAGUAAAAGUCAUGUUUUCGCUCUGACUUCAGAAUAACUCCUGCAGGAUGAUAAGUCGGCCACCGAGAGCUUUUAGCGGACAGAUGUCUGCUCCUAUUUAAAGCCAACAAGUGAUUACCAGACAGACGACAUGAGAGCUGGAGCGCUUUCUGCACAUCACUCUUUACUAACCGUGUGCUAUGAGGCCUUGUAGAUUAAACUCUUUCUUCUGUGUUCAUUUCCUAGAUUGUUUAUAGGUGAUGGAAAAAAUAGUGAGAUGUCAAAUACUGUAAUAAAUUCUUUUUGUUAAAGUAUA